GAGGUAUAAAUAGGUAUUGUUCGGCGAAGGAGAAACAGGGAACAGGAAAUUUUACUUAUGCGUCUCUAUUUUCUAUAAAUUAUCGUAACAAUACAGCUUUUAUUUUUUGUCAUAUGAUGGAAGAAGGUACAAGUGAUGAUAUGUCUGACUAUGUUAUUGUUACAGCAAGACAUUUAAACAGAAACGACAAUGAUCAGCCUGAACCUUUCCGAGUUGGGGCCGACAUUUUGUGGCCCGAUUUCAAAGCAGUGGUUCAAGCUCAGUUUGAGUCACCACCUAGUGAUGUAGUUAUAAAAUACACUGAUGAUGAUAAUGAAAUGGUUACAAUGAAUACACAGGAUGAAUUAUUUGAAGCAAUUAAGCUGGCCAGAAAUAGUAAUGGUAUUAUUCAAUUAGAAGUUAAAGCUAUUGAGAGCGAUGGACAGAGGAAGACUUUGUUACAAUUACAACAAGAACACACUGAUGCUACCUUGAUUCUUCCUGCCAUACCUAAAAGAAAAUCACCACUUUUACAGAAAAUUAGACCUGACAUUGCUAAAAGUGCAAGCAGCUCGUCUGAGGCAUCAAGUGAUGUGAAUGAACCAGCAGACAUGGCAGAGACUGGUGAAACACCACCAAAUUCUGAACAAGAUCUAGAGAAUGGUGAAGUUAAGAGAAAGGUGAAAAUUGAAAUAGACGAAGGGAAUUUAGAAACAGAUAACUAUGUUGAAGAUAAUCUUAGUGAUUAUGAAAAAAUGGCUGGUAGCAAUAUUCCAAAUUCUAUGCCUUACCCAGAUUUUGUUGAAUUCAUGGAAAAGCUGAAACAUGAAUUACGAAGUGAAAUAGUUCAUGAUGUAACAAAGAAAACAGUGAAGCAAGUUUUACGUGGACUGGAUAGUGCUCCUGUCAAUAAACCUCUACGAGAUCCAUGGUCUGUUAAUAGAGAUGAUAUUAAACAUGCACAUCCUAUUUACCUACAUGAAGGUAUAGUGUGUAACAAUUGCCAAAAGACGAUUCUUGGAUGUAGAUACAAAUGUGGAAAUUGUCCAGAUUAUGAUUUAUGUGAGAAAUGUGAAAGCAAAUAUGGAAUUCACAAUACGGAACAUGUCUUUCUUAAAUUACGUCGACCUUGUAAAGAAAGUCGAGAUAGCCGAAAAACUCCUUUGCUGAAAAGAGUUUUAUACAAGUCUGAUAUAAGUGAUGCUUUUGAUAGAUUGGGUGAUAAAAGACAAGAAAAGCUGAAGAAAAAAGCUGAGAAACUGUUUGAGAAAGAGAAGAGAAAGGAAGAAAAAUUGAAAAGGAAGCUAGAGAAGUAUGAUGGUUUGAAAGAUUCGCCAAUGAAACGAGAAAGAUAUGAAAAAUUACCUGUUCCCAUGCACCAGCAUCUUCAUUUUUGUUCAAAAGAAUAUAAGCUAUUGGGAGGUUCGUUUGUUCGAGAUAUCACCAUUCCUGAUGGUACAGCUGUUCAACCUGGCACCAGGAUGUUUAAAACAUGGCGUCUCUUAAAUACUGGUAGCACUGCAUGGAGAGAUACUUCAAUGUUACGAUUGAUGUAUGGAACCAUACCAGCUGUAAAAACAGAAGUAGCUGUACCACAUUUAAAGCCUGGUGAAGAAGGGGAUGUAACAGCUGAAUUAACAGCUCCUGAAGAACCAGGAAGAUAUCAGAGUCACUGGAAGUUAUUUGAUAGAGGUUUGGCAUUUGGUCACAGAGUAUGGGUUAUGAUUAAUGUGGUACCAAGGGAACUCCUUGAGCCAAAACCAGUUGAACCACUACGUGUUGUAGAAGAAUUCAAGGAAGAAGAAGUCACCAAGACUGAAGCACCAGAAGAUCAGACAGUUGUUAGAGAUAUUGAAACACCUGUGACUAGGUGUGAUGUACCUUUAUAUCGUUUGAUACCAAGCAUGCUCGACCAGGUCGAUGAAUUGGAACAACAACCAGCCAUUGUUGACACACAGCCUAGCCCUGUUAAUGACUUGAAUAAGACUGAUUCAAAAGGUGAAGAAUCCUUCACCAAGAUUGAAUGUUUGAAUGUUGAUGGAAGUGAAACUGAUGCUGUAGAAUUAAAUUUGAAUUCAGCUGUGGCUGCCAUGGAGAGACUAACUGUGUCUGAUCCUGUUGAUGUACCAACCACAAGCAAUAACAAAGAUUUACUUUCGUUUGAGUUUUUGGAUCGUACUCCACCUAAAGUAUCACAAACAGCCACCCCUAAUAAUACUCCUCUUGAUGUAAGUCCACCUAAGUCCCCUAUCACUACACCACGAUUAGAGACCGUUCUAUCAGCUAGUAGUAGUAUGGAACUAGUUAAUGGUGAAAAUGAGGAAUGUGUACCUCUGUUAGCUGAAUAUCCCCAUGAACGCAUACAAAGUCUAGAAUUUAGACCUGAUAUAUUAGAUGAUGUGGAAUCACUAGAUAGUUAUUCUGACGACGAUUCAAGUUCUAGUGAUGAUUUCUUCUUGGUACCAUUACCAGAUUGUUUUGAUACCAGUAAACCUUUAACUACAUCCUUUCGACAAAACAAUAAUAACACAGUUAAUACAGAAGUAACAGUUGAAUUUGAUGGUGAUGAGACCCCGCUUUCACAACUGACAGUUGAUGAUAUGUUACAAGUAUCAGCUUCUGUUGAUACCAGACCGCUCACACCAGAAGUUACCUCCCCAGAAAUUAUACGUGAUGUGGACCAAACAGAAGCCAGUUCAGGAGAAAAUCAAGAAAGUGAAUCAGUGGCUAAUAUAUCUGAUGGUGCUGUUGGAGAAUCUCCGGAAAGUCAGAUUUUAGACUCAUCAUGUUAUGCAGCGGCUAGUGGUCGACCAUUAACAGAUGCAGAACAUCAGACCCAGGUUAUACAGAUUGAUGAAGGAUGUUCUCAGGCUGCUGAGAGAACAGAACCAACCAGUUCAGACUCGUCACAACAGGGAGCAGAUGCGUCAGCUAUAGCUGCUGCCACUGCUGAACAACAAGAAUUUGCCAAACAAUUACUGGACGUAGCUGUAACUGCUGCUGCUAAUGCAGCCUCGAAUGCCUUCUGCAAAGUAAAAGAUGUAUUUAAUACCUGGCAAGCUAAAGAUAUUGAGCGAAAACAAAAUCAACAAAAAGUUGCUCAGAACAUAAAAGUAACAAAAGAAUGGAGUCCUAAACCAGAUACAUAUAAACCACCCCAGAGUACUUGGACACCUCCAAAAGAUACAUAUGUACCCCCAAAGAGUACUUGGACUCCUCCUGAAGAUAGCUAUACCCCUAAGGAAUCCUCAGCGACUGAUACCAGAAGGGAAGAAGCUACACCGAUGAAACGAUUGAUAGAAAUGGGCUUUUGUAAUCGGGAAGUAAAUCAGGAACUGUUGACACAGUAUGAAGAUGAUGUCAAUCAAGUUAUAUCUGUCCUUAUAGAUAUGCAUAAAGAUGACUGGGCUGCAGAUAGACAUUAAGUAAUAUAAAUCCUGAAGGUGGGUGGGAGUCUUCAAAAUUUAAACUAUCCUUCAAUUAAUGUCUGUAGGUCUAGACUUUUCACAUUACAAUCUGACUUAUAUUAUUAAUACUUUUUUCGAUUUAAUUUUUACUUCAAGCAUCCUACAAACUGAUUUUCUACUGUCAAGGUUCUAUUGAAAUGCUGAUGUUGUUACUCAUCAGAAAUUUCUUUUUUAGUCGCUAGACUGGGAAUAUGGACACUGUGAGUUAUGAAAAUCGGACAGAGCGGCAAUAUAUGAACCAGAUAUAAACAUUAUAAUAAAAAUUAUCUUAGAUUUUUGUCUUAGAUAUCUGUUUUAAUUCAUAUAGCUGCUGUAUAACAUCCUACAUGUUCUUCUUGUAUAUCUUUAAAGCUUCAAUAAUUUUAUGUUGCUUUUAAAUUUAUUACUUGAUUUGUAUUGUUAAUGUUAUAGCUCCUAUAAUUUGUUUCUUUGAACAAAGUAAAUUCUUGAGAAAAUAAAGUAUGCAAGUAGUAUCUGAGAGGAACAUAUCUAUGUAGACAGAAAUGUCUAGUAAAUAAUGGUUUAGGAUUUGAAAAAUGUUCUGAAAUUUUUAAUCUUUAUAGAAUGUAAAUACAUGUAGUUAUUAUUAUAAUUUAAUAAAAUGUACAAAGUAAUCAUGCUUGCAAAAAUAUAUGUUUUUUUUGUAACAACACUUGGAUCUGGAGUAAUCGGGAUGUCAUGAGACUUUUUUUUUAAGACUGUGAGUUUUUACUUCAAUUUCUGUUGAUUGUUGAAAGGAAAAGAAAGUAAUCUAAAUCAACAUUGGUACAAAUCAUCUUUGUAUUUCAGAUAACCAAAAGCUACAUGUAGCAUGAUGGAGAAAAAAAAGUUCAUGACAUCCCAAAAAUUAUAAGCAAAUAUUUUAUUCUUUAUGAUUAAUAAUUAUUAUUAUAUUUUGUUAAUGUAUGUUUAUGAUAUGUGUUUAUUAUAAUAAUAAUAUUUGAAUUAUUAUAAUAUCUUUGUGAACUGUGAUGGAUAAAUGAAAUGAAGUGCGUUUUUGUUGUUAGUUUUUAUAAUUUUCUUUAGUUAGUUUAUAUUUAAUCAAAAGAUUUGAAUUCAGCUUAUUGUUUAUUAAAGUUUUUAUUCAGUAUUUCAAAUUAAACUUGUAAAAUUAAUGAGGUGUUAAAACAAAUUUAAAAAAAAUAAAAUUCUUCCUUUGAUUUAACCACUUAAAAAGCCUGCCCGAAAUAAUUCAAUAAAUAAGACAAAUGAAUAAAAAUUACUAUUUGAAUAAUACUUUAUGGUAAAUGUUUGAAUAAAUGACUGGAAGUGUGGCUGUAUGGGUUUGAAAUUACGUGACUUGGAAGAUUUGUAAAAAAUCUGUCACUCCCCGCAUCAUUAGUGCUACAUGUAACAUAGAAAACUAUUGAUAUAAUGUACAUUACCAUGUUAAUUAUUACUAUUAUUAAUUGAUCGAUUGAUACAUACACUUAUAAAUAUAUAAAUAUGAUAAAAUGUCUGUAUUAAUAUUUUAAAUAGAUUUGUGAUUUUGCUUGUAUAUUUGCUUCUUCGGUUUUAUCUUGUGUAGCUUAAUAUAUCACCCAAAUAAAUAAUGUUGUCAUUAACUGUCCUCAGUCAUAUAUAUCCCAGUUAAAAUGAAGUGAGCCACUUAAUAUAAAAUUUAAUUACAUUCUUCACAACAUAACCUACCUGUCAGAUGCACUUUUGGACAAUUUUACAAUAUUAACCUAGAGAUUUGAAUAUGUCUUAAUGUAGUCACAUUAAAUAAAUAAUUUUCUUUCCCUCUCUUCCCAUUUUAAUGUCAUUUAUUUAUCAUAUUAAGUCAAUAUUCAACUGGAAUUUUUAACCAUUGCUGUGUGAAUAUCUUUGUGAAGUCUUGAAAGAAUAAGAACAUACUUUUUUAACUGUUAAGCCCCAUCUCAAGCCCUGCAGCUUUUUGCCUGAUUCCUAAAACUGUUAAUUUUUUAAUUUAAUAAUACAUUUUAUGGCACGCUUUCUCAUUUAUAUUGUAACAUUUAUUAAUUACAUGUUUAUUUAAUUUUUUUUUUAAGAAGGAGCUUUCAAUAUUAAAACGUAGACUAUCACAUGGUAAUAUUGUGAUAUAUUUAUUAUUAUAUUUUGUGGUGGAAGAGAUAAACAUUUAAAUACUGUAAUAAGUUAAGGAGAGAGACUUUUUAUAAAAUAAGCAAGAAAGAUGACAAGAGAGUUUGAAUGAAAGAAAGUUAGCGAAAUAACGUUUGUGUUCUGUCAAGUGAUUUCUUCUGUAUAUUGCUACAAAUAAAAACAUAAAAAUGUAA